CUGAGGGAGGAGGGGCUGGAACUUCCGGGUCUGAGGGAGGAGGGGCUGGGGCCUGGACUCCUGGGUCCUGGGGCAGCAGGAGGGGGCCUAGGACACAAACACCUGAGUACCAAGAGGGGAGGAAGCCAGGAAGUUGAGGCUUGUUCUGCCGGAGAGAGAAGAAAACGGUCCAGACCCCAGCAUGUGGGGAUACCUGUCCCUGCUGCCUGCCUUCCUGGCAUUCUGGGCUACUGCUGGCAUCUGGACCGUUUUUUCGCUUGCUGUGGCCAACAAGGCUGUGAACCUCACUGAAGGCUUCCCCUAUAUCAGUCGAUGUGGAAAUAGCCCCCCUCAGAGCUGCAUCUUCAGCCAGGUGCUCAACUUGGGAGCUGCUUUGGCCGCCUGGACCUGCAUUCUCCGUUACCACCAGCUUCGGGACUGGGGGGUCGGAAAGUGGCCUAACCAGCUGAUCCUGUGGACGGGGCUCCUCUGCACCUUGGGCACCUCCAUAGUGGGCAAUUUUCAGGAAAAGAACCAGCGGGCCACGCACCUGAUGGGGGCCUUCCUCGCCUUCUUUGUGGGAAUAUUCUACUUCUGGCUGCAGCUCCUUGUCUUCUGGAGGGUGAAGAGCCUGCCCCAGCCUGGGGCUCCCUGGAUCGGGCCACUCCGUCUGCUCCUCUGCAGCAUUUGCACCAUCCUCACGGUGGCCAUGGUCGUCCUCCACACCUGGUCACUGCGCUCAGCCUCUGCCGCCUGUGAAUGGGUCGUCGCCAUGCUGCUGUUCAUCCUCUUUGGCCUCUUUGCGGUGGACUUCUCCAGCCUGGACGGCUGCACCCUGUGUCUCCAGCCGGGCCCUGGCAGCCUGAGCCCCCCGCCGGCCUCCCCCAUCUCCCUGAAGGUCCAGCACUGAACACCUGGUCAGCGUAGCAUCUUCGCACCUCCUGUCCCUGCCAUCUGGUUCCGCCCCUGCAACCAAGGCCACCCAGGAAGUGAGAGGCCAAGGCCAGCCAGCCAUCCCUGAUCAAGGAUAUUUAUUAUUAUUAUUAUUAAUUUUUUUUUUUUUUUGCCGCUGGCGGAAUCAGAGACACGGACGCAGGCAGGAUCACGCGAAAUCAGAAUUCCUUCCAGAGAGCAAAUCCGUACAGAAGGUCGUGGGGAAGGGAGAAGACCAGGGGAGGGGGGCCCAGGAAGGGGGAGUUGGGGACACAAGGACAGAUGGCCCUGUCCGUCCGGAUCUGCUAAGCCACCCCAACCAGACCCCAUCCCUCCCCCACCCCACCCCACAGAGAGAUUGAUCAAUAAAUAAAAUAAUAAAUUAAUCAAUAAA